GAUUCGGCCUCUGCUUUAUGGCAAGUUGCAAAAAGCUUGCUAUUUAAUCAAGAGAGCGGAUGAUAAUCUUCUUCUUGUCGUUUCCGAUCCAACUUCCGGCCCUAUCUCCUCCUCAUCCCUGGAAGCUCGAAGAAGGGGGCGGAAGCCAUGUUCCAGAGCCAGUUCGCCAGGUCGCCCUCCUUGAGAGGCUCCCUCAAAGCCCUCGAAGCAGACAUCGAUCAUGCCAAUACCUUGACGGAUGCUAUUCAAAGAGCUUAUGGCGGUGCUUGUAUUCAGAUGAGGCUGUCCUGCAGCCCUCUGGCUCCCUGUUUCCUCUUCUUGUCGGAAUGGUUGGACUGCACUUGUUCUUUCGGUCUCCUCAGUUAUUUAGGGCUUUUCCAAGUUCUCGUCUACAAGGUUUAUGUCGAUGAUAUGACCGCAGUCUCUACUAUCGAAAGGAGAGCCAGCAUCGGAGAGUUCUACGCAAUCAUAUAUCCUUCUCUGCAACAACUGGAGAGCAAUUUGAUGGAAAGAAAGCAGCCCAAGGGGAAAGGCCGAGCGAAAGACGCAGUUGGGAGGAAGAAUUUAGACAGGGAGGACGAGUGUGGGAUCUGCCUGGAAGUCUGCUCCAAAAUGGUUCUGCCAAACUGCAACCACGCAAUGUGCAUAAAAUGCUACCGUGACUGGAACGUGAGAUCUCAGUCUUGUCCGUUUUGUAGGGGGAGCCUAAAACGAGUGCGCUCGACUGACUUAUGGGUGCUCACCAACAAGAGCGAUGUGCUAGACACCGUGACUCUGGAAAGGGACAACGUGAGGCGAUUCUAUCGAUACAUAGACACUUUGCCUUUGAUCAUUCCUGACAGUCUCUUAUUGGACUAUGCUUAUGUUGUGUACGGUUGAAUUGUGUACGAAUUUGUACAAAGCCGACCAACCCUCGUGGACUGAGUCUGGUCAGACAAAUCACUUAUUCCAAUUGCUCGGUAGAGUGUCAUGCGUUAUUGGAACAAGGAUUGCAUGUAUAAGCACACCAUGGAAGCUGAUGCACAUGUAUAUGUCAGGGUCUGCAAGGCAUUUGUAUCUGCCAUUGUUAAUCCACUUCCCUUCUAGUUUCCUGCCUGCGUUUAUCAAGAAAAUAAUCAUCUAGUAAAAUUUUAAUAGAUUCUAAUAGAUUCUGCUAUGUUAAUUA